AUGUCGCCUUUUGAAAAUUUGGGGAAAAAGGAAAAAGGCACGGGGAAACAGGCAAAAAGGGAUAGGGUUCACACAGAUGAACCAGUUUCCAUGUUAGAUGAGCAGAAACAAAAAAAUGCCACUAAAUUAGCUAGACAGAAACUAGUGUCAGACGAUUUAAAAGCUAAGUAUAUGAUAAAACGUGAUGACGAUCGAGAAAAGACUCCAACAAAUGAUGAUUGUCUGUCUAGGAAAAGGUCUAGCAGAAAGGAUAGACUUGAUGAACAUAAAGAUUUUUGGUCUAAAAAGAGUGAACAUGAUAAAGAUACUAGCAGUGUAAGGUCUAAAUCUUCGGAGUCAGAUUCUGUUCCAACAAUAGAGGAAAUGUUACAUGGUUCAUCAAAACAGGCAAAGUCUUUUGUGUCAAAGAAGUUUGAAAAUGUUGAUCACUCAUCACCAUUUGGUUCAGUUUAUUCAAAGCCAUCACCUGUUGUUACUACAUCAUCAGUAUCAACAUCAUCAACAGCAGCAGCAGCAACAGCAGUCACUUCAACAUCAUCUACAUAUCAUACACAGCCAGAAAAAAUAGAAAAAUCGAAAAACGAAAAGUCAAAAGAAAAGACUCAAUCAAAAAAGGUUGAAAUAGAUACCAAAGAAUCAAAAGUAGAGACACAAGAUACAAGUGAUAGAAAAUAUAAGAAAUAUGCAAAAGCAAAAUCUUUAGAACUAGGGGCAUUAACAAAGAAAGACAAAACCGAUUUAGUGAAACCAGCUGAAACUAAAGAUGAUAGUAAAUUGGACAGUGCAGAAGAUCAAGCACAAUUAAAUAGAGUUGAAAGAAUAGCUAAAUAUAAAGAAGAGAGGAGAAAACAAUUAAAAACUCUCCAAGAAAGGUUUGCGAAAGGAGAAAGCUCAGAGUUACCAUCUUUAUUCCUAUCUAGCAAACCUGAGCAAGAAGACUCUUCUAUAUCUAGAUCUAGAAAAAGAAAACCUGAAAACAAAAGAGAUGACAAAAGUUUAAAUUUAGAAGAUAAAAAGGAAGUUGAAAAGGAUAUUGAUUCAGAAAGAGAUAGUGCUGAUUCAUCUUCAAGAAUUCGAAGGAAGUUACCAUCUGUAGAAGAUGUUUUAGGUACAGGUUCCACUGUGAAAGAUACAGAUAAGGUUGGAAAUAUAGGUCAAGAAAAACUUUUGAAAAAAGAAAAGGAGGUAGAAAACAUUAAGCAGUAUAAAAAUGAAGUGUCUAAGGAAGAGUUAUCCUCUAUGACUGCUGAACAGAUAAGUAAGAGAAAAGUUGCUGAAAAUAUUGAAAGAGCAAAACAUAAAUUUGUGGAAGAUGAUAAACAUGCAAGUGCUUUUGAUGCUUCUAGAUUUGAACUUGGAACUGUAUAUACCAGUAAAAAAGCAGAUAAGAAAUCAGUCCCUGACAAAAGUGUUAAGCAAGAAAUAAAAUCUGAAGAAAAUUUCAAUAAAAAAGACUCUUUAGAACGUUCUAGGCAGGUUUUAUUAGGGGUGUUGUCAGAAUCUGAAAAUGUUCAGAAGAAACCUCAAGCUCAUAAAGAUGAAAAACAGGGCACUGCAUUUGCUCAAUCUGAGAUUCAAACUCAACCAGAGCGAAAAACGUUCUCAUAG